GAUUCAACUGGCGAUACUCUCUACAUUGUUCUCGACAAAUUUGCAGUGUAUUUAGCAUUUAAAGAAAGCUCGAAGGGCUCGCUGCUAUCCAAGAACUCGGUCGCCAGCUACUUUGGCAACGUCAAGAACCACCUACUCGAGCUGUUUCCAGCUUUAAGUGCUGUAUCGGGUCGUCGGCUGCAAAAGAUUGCGUCAUUCCUCGACAAGUAC